AUGUCUCACAACGGUUCGUUAUCGAUUUUUUCAUCAAAACAACCGGAUUAUUGCAGUUUAAGAAUGAAUGAAAAUUCUAUAUCAUAUUAUCAUAAUCAACAGAAAGUAGAGCAUAUGGGUAAACAUUUACGUCGAUUUCGAUUAGAUGGUCGAUUCCGAUCAUUUUGGAAAUAUUGUCAAGCUGAUGCAGCUGUAACUUCAUCACAGUCCUAUGCAUAUGCUAAAAAUAGUCAACGAAAAAUGGCUUCACGUACAGCAGUAAGAAGUUAUCCAACAUACACAGAGAACUCGUUGGGGAAAUCAGUAUUGGAAUAUUUGCGCACAGAUAGCGUUCCAGUUCUAAACUUUAAACAGUCAUUUUCAACGCUUCGACGAUUUAAGCGACGAAAUUUGGGUUAG